AUGAAAUCUUCGAGGAUACUACUCACCGCGCUCAUCGCGGCCGCUUCGUCGGCGUCGUUCGCACGCGCGCAGUCAUGCCAAUCGCUCGUGUUCUCUGGUCUCUCGAGCGCGUGCGCGUUAGGCGGCGAGAGCGCGAGCGAAAGCGCGUGCUGCGACACUCUCGGACGCGCGAACGAGCGCCUGUGCUUUUGCGACAUCGAGCUCAUGGGAACCAUAGAAAUGGUGAUUGGGAACGAUGGAAUUGAGUUUUUUCGCAACUUCUCCAAGUACUCGUGCGACGGCGGUGAGCUCGUCAUCGGCGACGCGUGCUCUGGGACGCCACCCGCGAGCGGGCCGCCUCAACCACAGACGCCGCCGACGACGCCGACGACGACGAUGAUGACGGUUAACGAUUACAAUCGACAUCGCCAAUCACACGGAUACGAAUUUAGUGACAAUGCGAUGCCGACGACACCUCGCGAGAGGAUUCCUAUGUUUCCUCCUCGAGCGGCGCCCGAAGAAGAAACCGUCGCUCGGUGGGUGCUCGAUCCAAGGCGAAACGCAGAGGUCGGUUUCACCGCGGAUGCGCUAAGUCUGACGGGGGUCAGGAACGUCUUACAUGGUAAUGCGUCGCUCACCUUCUUUGUUCCGACCAAUGAGGCGUGGUAUUCGCUCUUGUUUCAGUUAGGAGUCACGAAAGAGGAGUUGUUCGGCGCGAGCACGUGGCUCGAGGAUGCGCUGAGGUAUCACGUCGUCAACGGCGCGGCGCGGACGUCGACCUUCAGUUUCGGAACUCUACUUCCGACGGAUUUCACCGGUGAAGAUCUCUCGGUCGAGACGUAUACCGAUGGUAGAGGACAAGCGGUCGUGCGCGUAAACGGAUGCUCUGUACACACCAGCCGUAAUCGAAGGGACGUCUCAGUUGGCGACGCAGGCUUGGUACACUUUGUGGAUUGCGUCUUAUUACCACCCGGUCGCUUACUUCCGACCAGGCGCACUAUAGAUCAAUACAUCCGCUCGCAACGUUCGCUCUCGAUGUUCGCCAACGCCAUGAGAGGAUCGUCUCUGUUCGAGCGACUCGCUGAAGACAAAUGGUUCACCGUUUUCGCUCCGAGCGACGACGCGUUCGCACGCUUCCUGCGGGAUCCUCGGAUCGGGAUGUCAUUUUACGUCGACGACGAGGACGGGUCGGCACAUCCAUCGUUGACUGAUGUCUUAACUUAUCACGUCGCAAUGGGCUUCCAUUCAAAACGAAAACUCUCCAUGAGUCGUGCUCCGAAAUCGCUCUUCACCAUGGACGCUCUCGAGGAUUCGAGCGCGUCAACGCAUCGACGCGUGUACGUGUCCACGCGAGGCUCUCGAAGUGUGCUCGUGAACGGGUGCGCUAUAAUUGGUGAGCAAGCUUUCGCUCGUAACGGAGUCGUCCACGUCAUUGAUUGCGUGCUCUCGCCAAACUUUGAUUCUAGCUAA